UUAACUUUGCAGGCUAGUAGGAGAGUAAAGAAAAUCCAGUUUACAUCGUUCUUAUAUCUCUCCAUCCUAAGUAAUCUGUGGAUCUUUACAUUUCAGAAUUCGACAGUAAACAACGAAUUUUUAUUUUCAAGACUUACAAAUCAGAUAAAAGUAAAAUAUGAAAUAAAACCAAUUGGUAGGGUUGAUAAAUAGCAGAUUUACAAGGCAGCCAUUUUGAACCCAUGAAAAGCAGUUUUCCUGGAUGCAGUGGGAAGAAAAUAUAAGCGAAAAGGAACAUGUAAUUCUUAUCGAUACGUAUGUUAAAGCGUAGAAUCAAAAUUUAUGACUGCUUCACAAGUUGAAGCUAAAAAUGCCGAGAAAUCGUCGUCAAGAAAGCCCAUUCUAUGAAUAUGACGCCAGAGCCUAUGCACAUCUUGUACCACAAAACGAAGGACGUGUGUCACGAACUAGUCAGUAUGAAGGAGGGCACUACAAUUCUAUGCCAGGAUCUAAACAGAAAAAGCAAAAGAAGAAGAAGAGUCGCAAGCAGAGGUCAAGAGAUCGAGAAGACAAACGACAGCAACAGACUACGAAGCCGUUGGUGGCAUACGAUGACAUCAGCUCCGACUCGGAUUUGUCUCCUGCCACUUCUCACGUGCCAAUGCCCAGUCUGGCAGACUCUGACAGACACUCCAGAAGACCUUCUCCUGGAACAGAAAUUCGCUCCUACAUUAGCCAACGUAGUCACAGCAAUUCUCCAGGCACUCUCACUUCGUCUCAUCGAACAUCGUCGAAAAAGUCAAAGCGUCCCCGGACGGUGCGUUCCCCGGAGACAAUUAGAGAAAGUUCAGACAACCGAGAAUCCCGAAAUCAUGGACACAGUGGGAGCAGGACCACGACAUCCAGCAGUACAAAAAAUCAUCCACCCCUUCCAGUUUCAGAUCGUACAGCGGAACAGCUACCAAAAUCUUACGCAGACUUGCCUAAGGCAUACAGUAGUAGAGGACUCAGUCCUUCACCACGGAGUAAUGCCUACAAGCGAUACAGAUCGAGAACGCCUAGUCCAAGGCGAGAAUCGGCUAGAAGCAGAAGUCCACUGCCAAGUUCUAGGAGAAAAAAGCAUAGCACGCGAGACAGAGAAGAGAGUCCUGUCAGGUACAUCAAGAAAACAUCACAUCUAUCCAGGCCAAGACGUUCAUAUUCUCGAAGUCCUUCCCGGAGCCCUUCCCGAAAUUCAUCAUCAUCCUAUAGUAGGUCUAAAGUCAGCGUUUCAGACUUCAAAUAUUCCACAAGCCUUGCAGCUGAACUCAGCAAACACAAACGUGCAAGAGAGAUCAAGUCAAAGCGACGUGAGCUGGAUGUUGUUGACUCCGUACAGGACACAUCAACACCAGUCAGGAAAGAAACACGAUCACCUUCCAACUCACCUAUUAGAGAGGUCAUUAAGGUGGACUCUGAUGAUGCUUCAAACACACCUACACCAACACCAACACCCAGUGCAGUCAAGAAACAGGAGAGAACUUUAGGGAAGAUAGAAGAAAAUUUUGUCAUAAAGGUUGAAAAUGUCAAGCAAGGAGAAGAGGAGGUGCAGCAGCGGCGUGUUGUAGAGGGAAAGAAACCUGUUAUGCCAUUGCCUCCUUUACCACAGUCUGUGCCAAGCAUUCCCAAACAGCAUUCCCCAAUAGAAUCUGUCAAAGAAGAGCAAGCAGUAGCCAUUCAACCUGCCUUUCAGAAGCGAGGUCGUAGUGGAGAAAGUAAUGGGUUACCCCAGAUGUCAACAUUGCCAUGCCUUCCUCUUCCUGAUGUCACUGAUGAUAUGGACUUAGACAAUAGUCCUUUAAGUGAUACAAAUGACCUCGAGCCAGCAGAGAAAAGGCCAAGGCGAAUUAUUGAUUUGCCCAUGCCUCCAGCAAUGGAUGAACCAGAAGAUGAUGAUAAUGAUUCUGAAGAGGCAGUCUCUAACAAUGAGUCACGCCUUAAUGGCCCAAAGCUUAGACUUCCAAAGAUUUGUCACCGCCGGCUAGAUGAGAGAAAAGUGACAUCUUGGGGUGAACGGUGUGUGGAUGUCUUCUCUAAUUUGGAAAUAAUUGGAGAAGGUACAUAUGGUUUGGUGUACAAGGCCAAGGAGGCCAACACUGAUUCCUUUGUUGCACUGAAGAAAGUACGUCUGGAGAACGAAAAGGAAGGUUUUCCUAUAACAGCUGUACGCGAAAUAAAAAUAUUGCGGCAACUGCAGCAUCCAAACAUUGUCAAUUUGCGUGAGAUUGUGACAGAUAAACAGGAUGCCUUGGAUUUCAGGAAAGAUAAAGGUGCAUUUUAUCUAGUGUUUGAAUACAUGGACCAUGACCUAAUGGGUCUGCUUGAAUCUGGACUGGUCACCUUCAAGGAGGAACACAUAGCAUCUUUCAUGAAGCAGCUAUUGAGAGGCUUACAGUAUUGUCAUCAGAAAAAUUUCCUUCAUAGAGAUAUCAAGUGUUCUAACAUCCUUCUAAACAAUAGAGGUCAGAUCAAGCUGGGUGACCUGGGCCUGGCCCGCUACUUCUCAGCAGAAGACAAAGAGCGCCUGUAUACCAACAAGGUAAUCACCUUGUGGUAUCGGCCUCCAGAGCUCUUGCUUGGGGAGGAACGAUAUGGACCUGCAAUAGACGUUUGGAGUCUUGGCUGUAUCCUGGGAGAGUUGUUUACACGGAAGCCUAUUUUUCAAGCAAAAGAAGAAUUUGCUCAGCUGGAGCUUAUCAGCAGAACCUGUGGUACGCCUUGUCCUGCUAAUUGGCCUGAGGUCAUCAAACUUCCUCUCUUCCACACUUUUAAACCCAAACGCCAGUACCGCCGUCGAUUAAGGGAGGAAUUUGGCUUUCUCCCUCGGUUGGCACUAGAUUUAAUGGAUCACAUGCUGGAACUUGAUCCUUCAAAGCGUUGUACUGCUCAGCAAGGUAUUGACUCACCUUGGCUGCGAGACAUUGAACCUGACAAAAUUCCCCCACCUGAUCUUCCAAAGGACCAAGACUGCCAUGAACUGUGGUGUAAGAAUCGCAAAAAAAUGCUUCGACAUGAUGCCAUGAGAGAGCAGCUUGAAGUUGGCAGAUUGGCCCCUGGUGCUCCAGGCAAGGCCAUUAGUUCUGACACUGCAGCAGGAGUGAAAGGUGUUCCUCGAACCAUAGAUAAACCGUCUUUUCUUGAUACAAAACUGUCCUCUUUAGCAAGCUUGUUUUCAAGAGACACUGCAGUACCAAGCAGCCACAAAGACGAGGAGCUGCAGGUCCCCAGGUCAGGUGAAGGUGAUGGAAAAGGAACAAUGACUGAACCUCCUUCCGAAGACGUGGCAAACAUUCAGGCCACGCUUACUAAGCUUAUUUCUUUGCUGCAUGCCCAGCAAGGCAUCAGUGUCAGUCAGAUUGCCAAAAGCCUUAAUGUGACUGUUGACAAUAAGACUGCUGCCCUUCUCGAUAACCUUAGGCACCAACUUAUCACUGCUCAGGUUGAUGCAGAAAAUACAAGCACCAAUUCAUCUCAGCCACCCAGUGGUGGUUCUGUUAGUCUAAAUGUGCCUGGUUCAGCAUCAACAAAUAUGUCUGUUGGAACAGCUGGCAAUCCAGCUAACUAUCAGGCCCUGGACUUGGAAGGAAGUGCCUUUGCCUCUAGGAGGCAGGCAAUUGCAGAUCCAGAAGUGAAUCUUAACUCAGGAAGUGAUAAGCAUGCAGGAGUAAAGGCAGCUUUGGCUAAAUUGUUGUCUCAGCAAGGUAUGACUGUUAGCAUAGGAGGAACUCUUUACUCUGAAACAGCACAACAAUCUGCCAUGUUUGCCGAGUCUCAGCCUGCAGCAUCUUCAGCAGCUGCUGCUACUUCUCAGGUUUCAUUAAGACUUCCUCAGCUUUCCUUUUCAGCUGGAAGUGAGCGAGGCCAGACUGGUGAGCUUGAUAAGCCUGCCUUGACUGCCACCCGGCAGGUGGCUGACCGUAAUGAAGACGCUCCUACAUCUUUUACAUUCUCGCGCAACUUCCUAGCAUCAGAAGACUCACACAGCAGCAUUUCCAGUGAUGGCCCAGCAGACCCUCUUCGUUCAGGUUCCUUGUUCAUUGAUCGUGAAUAUGAUAGAUCUAAUAGAGGAUUGGGCAUUUCACCAGGUGAAUUCCCAGAGAGAAGAGUGCCUCCAAGAGAAUUCAUGGUAGAGAGAAGUACCACACUGCCAACACGUACAAGUACAGCAGGUCCACCAAGAGGGGUGGGAUUGCCAUCAUAUCAGACAGGUACCACAGGCUACAGAGACAGUCCUAGCACUGGUGAUGGAAGUGACACUUUUGAGUUCCGAGGAAACCUGGAUGCUGGUGAUGCAUUCAGAGGUACAUCUGGUUCCUAUGGCAGAUCUAGCGUAAAUGAAAGACAAGAAAACCGAGACAUUUAUCGUGGUGCAUCUGGGUUAGGAGAUAAUCGAGAUGGCUAUCUUGGAGGUCGAGGGAACUAUGGAUGGUAGGAAUCCUACAUUUGCAUGUUAAACUUGUGGCAAGAAAUUUCAUAAAAAAAAGUGUAGAUGGUUUAUUAUCUAAACCACUUUUACAGAUGGAUAUCACGGAGAUUUUAUUGGUGAUGGUGUUUUGCAGAACCCACGGUAAUUUCACCGGAAAAAUUAUUGUGGCCAUCAUCAAGGGGACGUUGCAUUAAUUUCUAAGCCUACCUACCCAUUGAUCUCUCAGAAAGUGUCCCUGGACAAGAACAUCCAUUUGAAAUUGUAACCAGCAUAUUGCAAAAUAGAUGAGAUCAGUUUUUGCUGAACAGUUCGUUUUUUGAACUGCCAUAACAAAAAUACUUUUAAUUAUUUGCUGAAAGCUGACAAGGAGCAGGAUUUCUUCUGUUCGUGCAAGUAAAAUUUUCCUACAUGCUAUAUUUUUAAUGGUAAUGGGGAGUAUUUGCAGCAAUAUUUUGAAUACCUUCCUAACUGAUGACUUUAGACCUGCCAUCCAAAAGGAAAAGGACUGUUAUGGCUGAAGAGGGACCUUUAUGUUAGCAAAGCUGCCCAAAUUGAUUUGCAUAUUGAAAAGUGCUGUAAAUACUGCCUGUCUGUUUUUGAGCUACCCUAUCAUAAUGCCAACAUUAAGCAAUUCUGUUGAUGCAAGACUUGCUAAAACAGCAGCAAAGAACAUUGUGAGUUUUCCUGUAUUUGAAUGUUUAUGCUGACUGGAAUUUGCUCCAGUGAAGUUUAAUGUUUGUUCGCUUAACAAAGGUUUGAGUUUAUCAGACCUCUGUUUCUCGUGUUUCUGCAGAUGUUUGUUUAGCCUCUGCACUAACAGCGUUUUCCAUUCAGACGAGACUGGUGGAUUUGGGCCACAUUGGGGUGCUUGUCUGUUAUCAUUGAGAUGGUAUUAAAAUAUAAUAAACCCUCAGCCUGCCUUUGUUUUUGUUUUAUCAGUGCAGUCAGUAAAAUGUAUCAAAGCCAUUGCUGCUGCUUUAAAACAAAAAGUACAGUUUAAAGAGAAUGUGCAGUAUUAUAGGCUAAGGAGAUAUUUUUCUUGUACAAAAUAUUGUUGAUUUGUAGUGGUAUUUAUAUUCUAAUUUCAAAAUUUUUAUACAAGAGUGGGAGGGUGCAGAGCUAAGACAAAGAUAAAUGAAGUUAUAGGUGAAUUCGUCCUGUAUAUUGUGACUGUUGUGCCAGAAAUAGAAUUGAGUUGGUUCUAGAUAGCUCUGCAUAGCAAUACUCCACUGGCAUAUGGUGUGCAAAUAGUUUUAAUGUGCAGUGUUGGUAGUGUGAACAUGGGUCACAUUGCGCUCUGCUGUCUUUGAUUGCUGUUGUACAGUUUCAGAGUGACUGGUGUAGAUUUGAAUGACUCUUCUGUCAACUACCAAUACCUCCAUACCAAAGAGUGUGAUGCCGUUUAUUUUAAAUGUACCAUCUGCAUUACCUAACAAAAACUAAAUAAUAACUGAAAAAAUCUGUAUUGUUUCUGAGAUAGGACAAAACAUGGCCACAAAUGAAUAAAAGCUGGCCAGUUUCAUGCAUUUUCUUGGGAGAGGUUGAGCUGUGAUAAACAUCUGUUUGCCUUACAUUUCAAUAUUGGUUUUAGGCAGUCUUGUUUGCCCUUUUCAUGUACAAGUAUAUGUUUAUUAUUGUGGUUGUGCUAGUUUUUUUUGUUUUUUUUAUAAAUAUAAUCUUGAAAGUAAAAUGUCAUGAACGAAUAAUGGUUCUGUACAGCUUAUGUCCCUUUGUGGUAUUUGGCAGAUCAAGGGAGUGUACUGUGUACUUUUUCCAGAUGAUUGAACAUUAAGGAUUGAUCAGUAACUACAUUUCUCUUUUAACAUAAAUAAAAUUACAACCAAUGAAAGUCUGCAGAUUUGACAUUUCAUGUCCUGGAAAAUUUUUCACUGCUUGAUUGUUGUGUCCAAUAUCACCAGUACAGUGCCAGGAAGAAGGGUUUUGUUUAUAUAUUUUUUUUAACUUUAUAUCUUGAACUAUUGAUAAUAAAACAAAGAAAGUA